AUCUAUCAAUUGGAGAACGUUGUUGCGGCUCAUGUUGGUGCGGAAUCUUGAGGUUGGAAUAGGUGUCAAAUAAGCAGAAAGUACACACUACUAAAGGUCUUUGAAAGAUGACUGCCGAGCCUGGACGGGUGCUGAAGCCUGUCAAUGCCACUAAAGGGAAUUCACAUCUUACUACGGCAGUCAAACCCAGGAUAGUUGGAGUACAAGCCAAGGAAAAGAUCUCCAACCCAACAGAACCAGGACGUGUGCUGAAGACUCCUAAGACUGAUGGAGGUCCUGACCCCGCCCCUAAAGCCAAGUCUAGUGCAGAGAAAGAUGUGAAAGAGCAAAUCCCAACCAAAGAACCAAUAUGUACAGGACAAAGAUGGUCAUUGCAGGAUUUUGAUAUAGGGAGACCUUUAGGUAAAGGAAAGUUCGGGAAUGUGUACCUGGCCAGAGAGAAAUCCACCAAAUAUGUUGUUGCUCUGAAGGUUCUAUUUAAGUCACAAUUACAAAAAGCUGGUGUAGAACAUCAACUUCGGCGUGAGGUGGAAAUACAAUCCCAUCUAAGACACCCUCACAUCCUGCGCUUGUUUGGAUAUUUCCAUGACAAAACCAGAGUCUAUCUCAUUUUGGAGUAUGCACCAAAGGGUGAACUUUACAAGGAGCUGACAAAAAACACAAGAUUUGAUGAGAAGCGAGCAGUGACGUACAUCAACCAGUUAGCCAGUGCCCUGCUGUACUGUCACAGUAAAAAGGUCAUCCACAGGGACAUCAAACCUGAGAAUCUCCUCCUGGGCAACACAGGAGACCUCAAAAUUGCCGACUUUGGCUGGUCAGUUCAUGCUCCCUCGUCUAGGAGAACCACAUUAUGUGGAACCUUGGAUUACCUACCUCCAGAAAUGAUUGAGGGAAAUUUUCAUGAUGAGAAGGUGGACUUGUGGAGUUUGGGCGUGCUAUGUUAUGAGUUUCUUGUAGGAAAGCCACCAUUUGAGGCAGCUAGCCAUGAGGAAACUUACAGACGGAUAACAAGAGUGGAUCUUCGUUUCCCAUCCUAUGUUUCAGAAUCUGCUAAGAGUCUUAUCAGCAUGUUGCUGAGACAUGACCCAAAUCAGCGAAUACCCCUCGACAAAGUACUAGAACACCCGUGGAUCAAAGACAAUGUAAAUCCUGUUACGUCAUAGAAUAUUGUUUUCUGUGUGAAGCACUUUUGUGAUCGUCUGGACCCUGUGUCUGUAUUUUCAGGAUUGGAUUGGAAACAUGGAAGUCCAGUUAAACUUUCAAUGGAUACAAUAUUUGGAAAAAAUAUGACUAUAUUUGGAAAAACCUACCGUUUAAUUGGUGCUGUAUCAGUGUGAGAUGCGGAGGAGUUGUUUAAUACUAUUUUGUGAUUAUUUAUUGACCUGAGAAGAAGACUUUCACCAGACAGUCAUACAUAAAUAUUUCUGUGUGGAAAAAAGUUCUGACUGGAUAUAAACACCAAGUCAGAGAAUUUUCAGUUUUGUUUUGUUCAAUGUGUGUGUACUGGUAAUACCUCUAAUGGUAGUAAUAAUCUACUGCUGGAUGUCAUUCCUGGUGUGGCAUGAGCGUUACUUGUCAAACAGGGUCCUGUUCAUUUGUACAGACAAACCGGAUUGUCAUAUUUUUUAAUGUGACAUAUCCAGCAUAAAUCUUGACUGAUCUCCAGAUGUUGAUACAAGACUUAAAGUCUUUAUAAAAGUCUUAACCGGAAAGUGACAUAAAACCAUUAGGCCAUCCUUAUUUCUUAAACUAACAACUCUGGUAAAAAAUGAUCUGACAAACUGUUUGGACAGAAAAAAAAGGAAAAACAGCCCUGAACACACUGUUUGACAGUUGUAUUUGAUAAAUGUAAAUAUUUUGACAAGAUGGUAUACAUUUUCAUCGCAUGUUUGACAUGUAAUUCAGUGAAUACUCUGUUAUAUAUAUUUUUUCAAAUGAAUUCAAUUAUUAUGAUGUAUUGAAUGUCAUGCAAAAUGUGAAAAAUAAAUCACAGAUCACAUUCUGUAUGGUGCCACAGUGGAAAGAUUUUUAAUCUUAUGUUUUUCAUUUUAUUAUUGACAAGACCUUGCUGAUCAUGUAUAUUAAAAUGUGUCUUACCAA